GUCACCAACGCGGAAGAGCUUUACUUCCUGCUUCAUUGCUAACCAGAAUGGAAACAGUUGUACUAAAGUAGCUUUAUUUAUCUUUAUUUAUCGCAUUAAUCAAACUAAAAUUACACUUUUGAGUUUACUGUAAUAUCGGACUGCUAAUUUAAAAGCUAAAGAGAUCGAAGAAGUUUGUAUAAAGAGGAGAAUUGUGAACUAAAGUGAUUAAAAACAGGAGAUAUCCUCUCAGCUAACGUUAGCUUAGCUCAAUCUAAACUAGCUUUACAUGUUAGAUGAUCUAACCUGACUGAUAGAUGAUCAUUCUGCGUUAAACACACUCCUAGUUUAUAUUAUUCUGCGUUAAACACUCCUAGUUUAUAUUAUUACUUUAAAGUUUGGACCAGAAAUCAUCAGGAUGCAUCGGAGAGGAGUUGGAGCUGGAGCUAUCGCCAAGAAGAAGCUGGCAGAGGCCAAAUAUAAGGAAAGAGGAAAUGUUCUUGCAGAGGACCAAAUUGUUCAAAUGUCGAAGCAGCUGGAGACCUUCAAGUCCAACCUGGAGGAGUUCGCCAGCAAACAUAAACAAGAAAUCCGAAAGAACCCGCAGUUCAGAGUUCAGUUUCAGGAGAUGUGUGCCACCAUUGGAGUUGACCCUCUUGCCUCUGGAAAAGGUUUCUGGUCUGAGAUGCUCGGCGUAGGUGACUUCUAUUAUGAGCUCGGUGUGCAGAUCAUUGAAGUGUGCCUGGCCCUGAAACACAGAAAUGGAGGGCUUAUUACUUUGGAUGAACUCCACCAGAGAGUACUGAAGGGAAGAGGUAAAUACGCUCAAGAUGUGAGCCAAGAUGACUUGAUGAGAGCCAUAAAGAAACUGAAGGUGAUGGGGAACGGCUUUGGGAUGAUUCCUGUUGGUGGUUCUUACCUGGUCCAGUCGGUCCCAGCAGAGCUCAACAUGGACCACACUGUAGUUCUGCAGCUGGCCGAGAAAAAGGGCUACGUCUCAGUGAGUGAGAUCAAGGACAGUCUCAAAUGGGAGAAGGAACGGGCGUGUCACGUCCUGGAUCACCUGCUGAAGGAAGGCCUGGCUUGGUUGGACUCUCAAGCAGCCGGAGAACCUCAGUACUGGCUGCCCGCUCUCUUCUCUGAGCUCACCUCCCGUGAUGUAACACCAGAGGAGGCCAAUCAGAUGACACCUUAACAGAUGACAGACCGGCAGCUGUGUGGCAGCUUCAGAGACAUGUUGGUAAACAAAAUGUGCCUGGUGGGGAGGCUCAUGUGACGGAGUUGGCUGGGCGAACCUCCCUCUGAGAUCACUUUCUGGACACGAGGAGGGGAAACUUUCCUCAGCAGCUCCUCCAGUAACUUCUAUGCAACGAGUGCACUCUCACUAUUAGACUUUUAGACACUACGCUGCACAUGAACUGCAGUGUGGUGUUGCUGGUAUCACGGUUUAUGGGCGGAUCAAUGUACAGAACAUGUAACUGUUGAAUUUUUCAUGUAUAAAGAACUUUUAAAGACUACA